AUGAAGCGGAAAAGCGAGGGGCGGUCGAGCUCGGCCGCCGCGUCUCCCUGCUCGCCGCGCUGCUCGUCGACCUCGCCGGUUGUGAAGAAGAUCCGCAGCUCCACGCAGCAGGACCCGCGCCGCCGGGGCCCCCAGGUCGACGUGUACCUGGACAUCACCGAUCGCCUUCGUUUUGCCAUUCUCAACAGCAGACCAAAGAGUGCAUCAAAUGUACAUUAUUUCAGCGUAGAUAAUGAACUCGAAUAUGAGAACUUCUCCGAAGACUUUGGACCACUCAAUCUGGCAAUGGUUUACAGAUAUUGUUGCAAGAUAAAUAAGAAAUUAAAGUCCAUUACAAUGUUAAGGAAGAAAAUUGUUCAUUUUACUGGCUCUGAUCAGAGAAAACAAGCCAAUGCUGCCUUCCUUGUUGGAUGCUACAUGGUUAUAUAUUUGGGGAGAACUCCAGAAGAAGCAUAUAGAAUAUUAAUCUUUGGAGAUACAUCCUAUAUUCCUUUCAGAGAUGCUGCCUAUGGAAGUUGCAAUUUCUACAUUACACUUCUUGACUGUUUUCAUGCAGUAAAGAAGGCAAUGCAGUAUGGCUUCCUUAAUUUCAACUCAUUUAACCUUGAUGAAUAUGAACACUAUGAAAAAGCAGAAAACGGAGACUUAAAUUGGAUAAUACCAGACCGAUUUAUUGCCUUCUGUGGACCUCAUUCAAGAACUAGACUUGAAAGUGGUUACCCCCAACAUUCUCCUGAGACUUAUAUUCAAUAUUUUAAGAAUCACAAUGUUACUACCAUUAUUCGUCUUAAUAAAAGGAUGUAUGAUGCCAAACGCUUUAUGGAUGCUGGCUUCGAUCACCACGAUCUUUUCUUUGUGGAUGGCAGCACCCCUAGUGAUGCCAUUGUCAAAGAAUUUCUGGAUAUCUGUGAAAAUGCUGAGGGUGCCAUUGCAGUGCAUUGUAAAGCUGGCCUUGGUCGCACGGGCACUCUGAUAGCCUGCUACAUCAUGAAGCAUUACAGGAUGACAGCAGCCGAGACCAUUGCGUGGGUAAGGAUCUGCAGACCUGGCUUGGUGAUUGGGCCUCAGCAGCAGUUUUUGGUGAUGAAGCAAACAAGCCUCUGGCUGGAAGGGGACUAUUUUCGGCAGAAGUUAAAGGGGCAGGAGAAUGGACAACACAGAGCAGCUUUCUCCAAACUUCUCUCUGGUGUUGAUGACAUUUCCAUAAAUGGGGUUGAGAAUCAAGACCAGCAAGAACCCGAACCUUACAGUGAUGACGACGACAUCAAUGGAGUGACACAAGGUGAUAGACUUCGGGCCCUGAAAAGCAGAAGACAAUCAAAAACAAACGCUAUUCCUCUGACGUGUCCCCUAGCUGUGCUGACCUCUGCACUAUGUAGUAUUGUCAUCUGGUGGAUUGUUUGUGACUACAUUCUUCCCAUCCUGCUAUUCUGUCUCGAUGGUUUCAGAACAUAGUAGCCAUCAGCACCCCCUGACAGAUAGCUGCUUCUCUCCGUUUCAAGGACUAAAACGGUCUUGCGUUAAGUAAAAUCCUGUGACCAGAACUGAAGGAAGACUCUAGGAAAUGAAAACUGCAACAGAAAUUAGCACAAUUUGAAAACAACACAAAAUUGCAAAAGCCUUAGUUGCUUUCCACCUAAGAAGCGAUCAAUGGAGAAAAUGUCCACUGGAGUUUCAAUAAUGAACUUUGAGUUUGGGUGCAAGCAGAUGACUCAAAGAAGGACCCAGCUCUCAAGCUGAAGGACAAAAAUGCUGUUGUAAAUUUAGUCUCAGGUGUAAAUACCCAAGCCCUCUG